AUGGGCGCCCUACUUUCGCUGCCGCUUCUGGCGGUACCGAGCGUGAGCACGAUAGUGUCAUGCUUUGCCAGCUGCUGCGGCGCGGCGACAUGCUCCAUGGUCUGUAGCGCGUGCGGCAAAUGCGGCAACAGCAUCGCUACGCGCAUCGCCUACGCUCUCCUGCUCCUCGUCAACUCGAUUCUAGCAUGGAUCAUGCUCACGGAUUGGGCCAUAGAGAAACUCCAGCACCUCGCCCUUGACUACGUCAAAAUCAACUGCCCCACGGGACAGUGCUAUGGGUGGCUCGCCGCUCAUCGAAUCAACUUUGCCCUCGGGCUUCUACACCUCAUCUUCGCCGGUCUUCUCUUUGGUGUCAGGUCCUCCAAAAGCCCACGAGCAGCUAUACAAAAUGGUUACUGGGGUCCCAAGAUCAUUGCUUGGCUGGCACUCAUUGUCAUGUCUUUCCUCAUUCCAGACAAGUUCUUCAUGUUCUGGGGAAACUAUGUCUCUUUCGCCGCUGCCAUGCUCUUCCUCAUCCUGGGCCUCAUUCUUCUCGUCGAUCUGGCACACACCUGGGCUGAGUACUGUCUGGCGCAGAUUGAGGAGACCGAUUCCAGGUUCUGGCGCUUCGUCCUCGUGGGCUCAACGUUGGGCAUGUACCUGGCAUCGAUCGCCAUGACGGUGGUCCAAUACAUCUUUUUCGCUCAGGGGGGUUGCACCAUGAAUCAGGCCGCCAUCACCGUCAACCUCCUUCUCUGGAUCAUCAUAUCCAUUGUGUCGAUCAAUCCCACGGUUCAGGAAUACAACCCCAAAGCUGGCUUGGCCCAGGCCGCAAUGGUCGCAGUCUACUGCACCUAUCUGACCAUGUCAGCUGUUUCUAUGGAGCCUGAUGAUAAGAACUGUAACCCCCUGGUGCGCGCUCAGGGAACAAGAACCACAUCCGUUGUCAUCGGAGCCAUCGUGACAAUGCUCACUGUUGCGUACACUACCACCCGUGCCGCUACCCAAAGCCUUGGACUGGGAGGCAACGGUGACGCUAUUCGACUACCCGAAGAUGACGAACACGAUCUGGUUACGCAGCAGCCCAUGGAACGCCGUGCCAUGCGAGCCGAGGUCCUGCGUCGUGCUGUCGAAGAGGGUAGUCUUCCGGCUGAUGCGCUUUUGUCAGACGACGAGAGCGACGACGGCAAUGAUCACCCUCAUGAUGACGAGAGAUCCAGCACCCAGUACAACUACUCAAUGUUCCACAUAAUAUUCUUCCUGGCCACGGCAUGGGUAUCGACACUUCUUACGCUCAACUACGAAGAGGCCACUCGAGACGGCCAAUUUGCCACGGUUGGCCGCACGUACGGUGCCAGCUGGGUGAAGAUUGUCAGCGCUUGGAUCUGCCACGGCAUGUACAUCUGGACACUUGUUGCGCCUAUCCUUCUUCCCGAUCGGUUCGAUAACUAA